GAAAGCGGGCAAGAAGUUCAGCGAGAACCACGACAUGUUCCGCCUGCUCGAGCCAGGCAACGUCAUCGCCGUCCGUCUUGCCGCGCGGUUCCUGGGUUGGGCCGUAUACUCGCGCAAGGGCUACCUGGAGAUUGAGAUUGGCGAAGAAGUCGAGCGCAAGAAGCUCAACUACGGCCAGAUCGUGUCGACGGUCAACACGGUGCAGGAGGUCUUCCAGGACAUCAACAGCAUCAUGCAGCCCGAGACCAUGCAGAUCUCGAGGGUGUCAAGCGCCCUGUUCAUGGCCGGGAUGAUGUCGGGCCAGGACAAGCCGCCGCUGCGCGUCCUUUCUCUCGACGGCGGAGGUGUCCGCGGCAUUGCGGCCCUCAUGCUGCUCGACGAGGUUAUGAAAAAGUCACACCCCGGCAAGCUGCCGUACCAGGUCUUUGACAUGAUUGGCGGCACGAGCACCGGCGGGUUCAUCGCCAUCAUGCUGGGGCGCAUGAAGAUGAGCGUCAGCGAGUGCAUCCAGGCGUACACCGAGUUCAUGAACGUCGUGUUCCCGCCGCGGUCCAAGCUGGGCUCGCUGACGGCAGGCCUGAAAUCGGCCUGGUCCGGUAACAAGUGGAAGGCUGAGCCGCUGGUCGACGUCAUCAAGCGGCUCAUCAAGGCCAAGCUCGGCGACCCCGAGAAGCUGCUGCUCUUCGACCCCGCCGCGGCCGCCACCGACGACAACCCGUGCAAGGUCUUCCUCAUGGCCGUCAACCAGCUCGGCGCCAACAACCACGCGCCCGUCACUCUACGGACGUACGAGCACCCUCUGGACAAGCCAGCGCUGCCCGAGAUCAAGCUGUGGGAGGCCUGCCGCGCUACCUCGGCGGCACCGAGCUACUUCCCUCCGCUUGAGGUGUCGGGCGUCAAGUUUCUCGACGGCGGGCUGCAGGCCAACAACCCACUGGGAUGGCUCUGGAACGAAGUGCUGACCGUGUUCGGGCCGGCGCGGGACACGAGCUGCUUCCUGAGCAUCGGGACGGGGACGCCCGAGAGCCAGGUGGCGGGCUCGGCGACGGCGGGAGGCCUGAUCGGGUUCGCCAAGUCCAUGGCGAGCAUCGCGACCAACACGGAGAUGGUCAACAUCCUGUUCCGGUCGCUCAUCAACGCGUUCGCGCCGCGGCCGCAGGGCAAGAAGUACUGGCGCUUCAACAUCGGCGACGGCUGCCCCGACUGGAUCGAGGGCCCCGACGGCGUCUGGGCCUGGAGCCUGCAGGAGAAGCGCGUCGAGAUGGAUCUCGGCGAGCUCGACGAUGUUGCUGCCAUGGACAAGACGGUCAAGGCCACCAAGGCCUACAUUGCCCUCGACGGCGCCCAGGCCAUGAUCUCCGAGUGUGCCAAGGCGCUGGUUGUCGCUUGAUGUCGAUCGUUUAUAUAUGCCACUAGCUGUGCAGCAAAUCUCCUGUGCUUUACGAGCAGAGUGCAAAAAUAGUAAGAAAUGAAAAAAUAAAAAAAAAUAAAAAAUAAUAAAAUUAUAAAAAAAUAAAAAAUAAAAAUAAUAAAAUUGUUCGUGGCGCUCUAGCCACGAUUGUGCCUAGGCGUUAUGUCGCGAUGCAACCUUGAGGGGGGUGAUGAAUAGUACGU